AAAUUUUGACAAGAACCCGUUGCUCAAUGCUGAGUUGAACUCACCUACGUGACCACGGUGGUUGCCGAGUCCAUCUCAUUUACCAAUUACCACGAGCAUCCCCGAAGUCUCACUCGGUUGAGCCAAAUGAAAAUAAAAUCUUGCAAAUGGUAGAUAAAAUAGGAAAGAUAAUCUAACAUCGCCGGCAAGCCGGAUUCCUGACUGCACACGCAAGAGCACAUAUGCUUUCCUUCUUCGAAACCACGCAUCACCUACUCCACCGGUUAGCUUCAUUCUUCUAUCAGACGUUGGAACAGAAGCAAUAAAAAAAUUCAACAUCAAUAACUUUGUAUUUCCAAUUCCGAUCACUGUAAGCUUAAGAAAUCCACAUAUUUCUUAGGUCGAAUCCGUAUUCACAUUUGUCGAUAUUUAAAGAGCAUAACGAUGUCGUUUGACUUGGAGGAAGAAGAGUCCUUCGAGCACACGUUACUAGUGGUUCGAGAAGUUUCCGUUUUUAAAAUCCCGCCGCGAUCCACCAGCGGCGGUUACAAGUGUGGUGAGUGGCUUCAGUCGGACAAGAUCUGGUCCGGUAGGCUCCGUGUGGUUUCAUGUAAGGAUCGGUGUGAGAUCCGGUUAGAAGAUCCAAAUUCCGGCGAUUUAUUUGCCGCUUGUUUUGUUUACCCUGGGCAGAGGGAGAACGCGGUGGAGUCCGUUCUCGAUUCGUCGAGGUAUUUUGUGCUGAAGAUCGAGGAUGGAACGGGGAAACACGCGUUUAUAGGGCUAGGUUUUACGGAGAGAAAUGAGGCGUUUGAUUUUAAUGUGGCGUUAUCGGAUCAUGAUAAGUAUGUCAAGAGGGAGAACGAAAAGGAGGAUGGUGAAGCUAGCGAUGCCAACCAUAUUGAUAUUCAUCCUGCCGUGAACCAUAGAUUAAAGGAAGGUGAAACCAUUCGGAUAAGUGUAAAAAACAAGCCUGCUAGUGGAUCUGGGAUGCUUUCUUCUGCUGGGUUGUCAGGAGGUCCUGCUGGAACUGGAAAUAUUAAGCCUUUAAGCCUUGCUCCUCCACCAAGUUCCACUUCAAGAAUCAGAUCUCCUCUCCCACCCCCACCCAAUGAUCCUGCUGCUGUUCGGAUGACUUCUACAAAAGUUAGUAUCGCUGUUGAAGGAACCAAGGAAACAACAAGGCGUUCUACGAAUGCUUUCACUGAUUUCUCUCAACUUGAGAAGAAUCUUCCUGGAUCAACUAAAAGUAAAACAGGUGCAGCUGGAUGGGCAGCAUUUUGAUUCUUUCAACUGUAUACUUGUGGGGUGUUUGAAGAAAGCAACCAAAUGAAUAGGUUAUAAGAGGGAGAAAACAGUCAACAGUACACUUCAUUUUUGCUACCAAUAUAUGUUGGUAUGUUUCUUUCAAAUUGCUUCGCCUUUUGAUUGUAUGAUGGAGAAACAAACUAGUUUUAUAUUGUUAUUAUUCAAUCACACCCUUGCGGUUUUUUGUUGGGUUAAAGUAACUGAAUAGCAACUUACAUUUUACUUGUUC